CAGUGCUCCAUCACUGCUCACAAGAGUCUUCCUCUUUAUGUCUCUACUGUGUACUUUUAAGUCUUUUACCAUGAUGAUAGUAAGGAAAUAUUGUGUCAUAUAUAAUCCAAUUAUUCCAUGAUAAGAUUAUUGAGAUCAAGCAUAUGUAUUAAACUGCUGUUUUGAUCAUGCAACUAGACCCAAAAAAUUCUCUUGCUAGCUAGCCCCUGAAAACUCACUAUAAAAAAUUGGGUAAUUUACAGAGGUUGAAAGUUGCGAUUUGCGGAGGUUUUAACCUCCACUAUUUGCUAAGGGAAGAUAAAACCUCCGCGAAUUGCAACUUUCAACCUCCGCAAAUUACUUUUUUUUUUUUCGUAGUGACUGGUCUUAAUUUGAGUACUAAAAAUCUUUGAAAUUGAAAACGUAAAUAAAGUCUGCUAUGAUCUUUGAACAUUUAGCUGGGUUAAGUAAUCAGAAGUCUAUCUACCACUAAAACCAAUGGUGAGUUAAUUCCAAAGUCUAUUGAGUGCUAAGAAUCAAUAUGUAUUUUAACCUCAAGACUUUUAUUUGUUGCUUAGUCAUAAAGUGAACAAAAUUUUGGGAUAAUAUUAAAAAAGAAAGAAGUAAAGCUACUAAUCAAUUUGCUAAGCUACUAAUCAAUUUGCUAGUGGAUAACACACAAAUAUUAUAUUAAAGCAAACAAAAGGUAUUAUACAUAUAUCGUUGUAGCUAAUCAAGAUAAAUACAAGUUUAUCAGUCUAGAGGGCUAGACUUAAGCAAUACGUGAUUACUACUUUUGGUAAAAGUGUUAAGAACGCAAAUAAUCUCAAUAUUCAAACUUCAACAUGACCUAACUACUUACAUCAUGUCUUUGACUUAAUGAGGUUAGAGUUUUAACUAAUAAAUUCAUGUUAUUAAAAAGUCAACUACAAGUAAAUUUUAUUACUCGCAAGUAUGGAUCGGUAACUUGCAAAAAAUGAUACCUAAACCUAUUACAAUAUGUAAAAUAACAUUACUAAUAUAUUUAAACAAAUUACAUUAUUUGUGUUAUAUCACUUAAAUCCUUACUGUAAUAGUAUAUCUUAAGGUUAAAGCACUGUAACUUUACCAAGGGAUCUGUCUUCCUAACUAUAGAAGUUGCUUUAACACUCUUAACUUCUUUCCACUUUCCACAUGCAACUACUAAUUGCCCGAUGCAAACUAUUGACAUUUUUCACCUACAAAUAUCCAACUUAUCCAAUUCCAAUUCUCAUUACCUUUUAAAAAAUGGCAUUAUCAAAAGCUUCUUUUUUGUCUCUUCUAAUUUGUUUCAUAAUUUUGGCCCUUGUUUUUCCUUCUUAUGCCGAAAAUACUCAAACAGACUACCUCAAUACUCAUAAUUCUGCUCGAUCUCAAGUUGGUGUUAGUGCAUUAACAUGGGACACAACUCUUGCAAAUUAUUCACAAAACUAUGCCAAUCAAAGAAUUGGUGAUUGCAACCUUGUCCACUCCAAUGGUCCUUAUGGUGAAAAUAUUGCUAAGGGGAGUGGUUCUUUCACUGGCACUGCCGCUGUUAACUUGUGGGUGGCGGAGAAGCCGUACUAUGACUACAAUAGUAACAGUUGCACUGGCGGAAAACAGUGUCUGCAUUAUACUCAGGUGGUCUGGCGUAACUCGAUUCGAGUUGGUUGUGCUAGGGUUCAGUGUUCCAAUGGAUGGUGGUUUAUCAUUUACAGCUAUGAUCCUCCAGGCAACUACAUUGGUCAACGUCCUUACUAAGGAUUAAUUUUUCAUUAAGAGUUUAACCAAAUAAUUAAGAAUGUGAUUGAAAUGUUUCGAAUAAGUUACUAAAAAGAAACAUCUUCUAGUAGUGGAUUGGUGAAAGUGAUAAUAAUAAUAAUAAUAAUAAUAAUAUAGAGGCUAUAAUCUCUAUUGGCAGCAUGCAUUCAGCUUCGUUGCACUAAAUCAUUAGGAGUCAACGACCCAUUGCUGCUAAAUUGUUUAAUUUUCCUAUACCAGUUGUUUGAGUUCUUCGGACUCAAUUUUAUGCAUGGCAUAUUUCGUUAGCCA